AUGAACAAGAUCGUCCCCCAGGGGGACAUCAACGGCAAUGCUGCUGCUGGGACCAAAGUCCUCCCGGGAGAAGCAGGCUGCGUCGCCCGCUGCUGCUCCCGCCGAGGGGCCUGCCUUUCAGCCUUCGUGCUGCUCCUGCUGGCAGCUGUUGCGGCCCUCAUUGCCUUGGUCGUCAUCCUUGGAUCCCCACCACAUACACCAGGGGCCCAGGCCUGUGUGACGUUGACGAACAGGACCGGCUUCCUGUGCCAUGACCGAAGGAGCUGCAUCUCGGCCAGCGGGGUCUGUGAUGGCGUCCGCACCUGUCCCCACGGCGAGGACGAGGAUGAGGCCUUGUGCCGAGAUGUGCCCCAGAGUCUCCCCGGCUUCCUUGUGGCCCACUGUGGAAACCCAGCUUCCUGGAUCUACUCAGACCAAAAGUGUGACGGAACCAACAACUGUGGGGACUGCUCGGAUGAACAGAGCCCAGUGACUUCAUGCCCGCCCUGCGGCCCUGGGUGGUGGCGCUGCCCCUCCACGGUCUUCAAGUACUGUGACUGUAUCCCGAGGAGCCUCUGCCGGGACCGUGUGCAGCACUGCUCCGACUGGUCGGACGAGCACUCCUGUCCUGGACCCUGA